AUGGCGAACACUCUCCAUUGUCUUCCUGCGGGCUCGCGCAUCCUUGUUACUGGAGCCAAUGGCUUUAUCGGGAGUAAUGUCAUUCAGUGCUUGCUUGAAUUAGGUUUCAGGGUGCGCGGGGCUGUUCGUUCGCCGAAACCAUGGCUCGAUGAAAUGUUCCGGGGGAAGUUCGGGGAGGAUUCGUAUGAGUCGGUGGUUCUUGCUAACUUUGAGGAUGUGGACUCACUCGUUGGCGUUAUGGAGGGUGUUGCUGGAGUUGCUCAUGUGGCUUCAGAUAUCUCAUUCGAUUCGGAUCCAGGAAGGGUUAUACCGUCGGUGGUGAAGGCAACUCACAAUGUUUUGGAAGCUGCGUCUCGCCAUAGUGAGAUCCAGAGAGUGGUUUUAACUUCUUCUUCGGUGGCGGUUCUAUUCCCAGAGGCAGAUAAGGAGGGUGUGAGUGUUGAUGAGAAUACAUGGAACGAAGACUCUGUCAGGGCAGCCUGGGACCCGAACAGCUCGCCACAGCUAAAGGGCCUCUUUUGCUACGCUGCCUCCAAGACAGAGGGUGAAAAGGCAGCGUGGAAAUGGAUUGAGGAUAACAAACCUGGCUUUGGGUUUAAUACCGUUCUUCCAGAGUUUACACUCGGAAGAAUCUUACACCCCAAGAUCCACGGCUCAACAAUGGGCUGGGUUCGCAGUCUUCUCAAGGGUGGCACAAGAGUGUUCCAGACAUAUGUUCCACAAUACUUCGUAGAUGUCGUCGACAUCGCGCGUCUUCAUACAGCAGCCCUUCUCGAUCCAAACACAGUCUCCCAGCGGAUCUUUGGAUUUGCUGCGCCUCUCAAUCUGACUGAGAUGAUCGCCAUUGUUAGAAAGCUUCGGCCUGAUAACACCCAAAUUCCUGACCCGCCUGCUGACGGCCAUGAUCUAACCAAUGUCAUACCUGCUCGCAAAGCCGAAAAGCUGCUCCAGGAUUUCUAUGGGCAGCCAAGCUGGACUAACGUGGAAGACAGCAUUGCCGCGGGUCUUAACGGCUGCUAG